AUGACUAUCUAUCGUCACGAGGAAAAUCGGGGUGGAAAACGACACGCUCGAUAUGCAAAGUUUCCUUUGCUUAGUCCGAGAAAGAGGAAUUCUUUAAUUGGUUUGCCGCCUAUUUACGAGGCCGACGAAGACUGCGAGGAACUCCCAUUUCUAGAAACUAAAGACAACAAGAGCAGUCUCAGGGCUCGCAAGGUUGAAGACGUGCACCGCGAGUUUCAUGCCGCGAGUAUUAAGACCUUCCAAAGAAAUGCAACCAUGCCGCACGCUCAAAAAACAUUGACAAAUGAAACGCGCCCGCAACAACAACAAUACGCGGAAUCCCGGGAUCAAGAUAGAACUGAAACUUGUCCUUAUCUUAAACGGAAUCUGGGACACAAUUUAUCUACUUGUCGCGUCGAGCGAAAUAAUCAAAUUUUGUUUCCAGACUUUUUCCCUCCAGGUAUGCAUGUUCACUGCGCACAAAAUGCGCUUCCAGAAGCGAGUAAAGGACUCUACAUGAAAAUUAUACAAGGUAACAGUGAAAUAGAAGCAACAAGUAAUUUUUGUAAGACAAAUAAACGGACGAACUUGAGCGAUAACUCUGAUAAGCAACAGAGUUGGAUGCAGUUCUUUGGCUAA